UGCAGUUUAAUGGACCGAGUUGCUGAGUUUGAGAGAUCGGAGCUCUAUUUGCCCGUUCGAAUUAGAUCCAACAUUCAACUGAUCGUAAAUUGGCCCGUUGGAAGUAUGUGAUGAAGCCCAUGCCUCCGAAACCCAGUUACUUCCCCAUUUCUUCAUAAGCGAGAAAAAGUAGGCCGGAGACUGGUAGGCGUAUCAAGACGCCAUGACUACUCACAGUCAAGCAAUAUCGAACGUCUUGGCCGAGUACAAAAAUACGUUUCAGUGGCACACCGAACUAGAGGAUAUUCUCUUAUGCUUGAAGACGAAAGGGAUUAUCCAUGAUGACGAAUACCAUGAGAUGGUCGAGGAGACCAGGGAGAGAAGAAAAAAGCAAACGCUGUUCCUACUCAGGGUGAUUCCCACUAGAGGUGACAACGCCUUCCCAGCACUGCUGCAGUGCCUCAUGGAAAAAUACUCCGACCUCGUCCAGGCAUUGCUGACAUCUCUAGAAAGUAGAGAUAGACCCUACGCGAUGGAACUUCGGAGAAGAUUCCAAGAAGUGGACUCGUCUUCUCAGCCGUGUCAAAGGCAGCCGGGCUCCUACAGCGCUGAAACAGUCACUGAGAGACCCAGGAAGGAUGAAGAUGCCCGAGGUCGGGCCGCUGGAAAUGCACAGGGACGAUCCGUUAUCCUCUCAACUCCAAUAUCUGUUGGGAUAACCAGCAAUCCUCGUGGACCUCCGGAUGCGUACAAGAUGUCUGCUAAUCCUCGUGGCAAGGCGCUCGUCAUCAGCAAUUCUGACUUUCACGGUUCAAUGAAUGAUAGGCCAGGCACAGACAUCGACGCGGUCAAGAUUCGGUAUCUGUUCGAGAAACUGCACUUCUCUGUCGACGUUGAGGAAGACCUCACACGUCAGGUAAGCCGUUGCGGAUGCCCUUGAAUGAGUU